AUGAUGUCGGCUCCAUCCAUCCAGGCAUUCUAUCAAAGGGAGGUUCCUGCCACGCCUCAGGAUGCUUCGAGAGAUAGGACGGGAUUUCCGCGAGCCGACGGCUUCACACAAGCAGAAGUCGAGUCUGGACACGACCCCCUUGGCCGAAUAUGGAACCCAUCGGAAGAGUACUCGGAGGUGCAUAUCGGGCAAAUCGAGCCAGGCCCGAAUCGAAUAUGCUUCACCGGCCGCGUCGUCAACUACGCACCGGCUCUGCUCGACUCCAAGAAUAAUUACAACCGUCCGGCACAUCAGCUGAUUAUUGUUGAUGGAACCGGUGCAAUAGCAGUAAAGGUAGUUCCCAUCGGAAUUCCGGCAUCACUGCUUGUGAUAGGACAGCUCGUCACCAUAUGGGCCACUUGGGUAGGAUCCACUGGAGGUUCACAUCAUACCAGCAUUCCAUAUGUGACCACGUGGACACCCAUCAAUCCUACGAACGUUGGAAGCAAGCAGUUCAUUCAGUUCCUCCCGGACACUAUUGAAAAUCAGCAACUCUACAGAAUGCCUUUGGAGUGCGACCGAGGCAAACAGGAUCCCAAACCGCUUCCAGGUUUGAUGACUCUGUGUCAAUAUCUCAAAAUGGGACACGAAAUCGCAGGGGCUCGGAUUGUUGUCUGCGUCAAGAGCAUUGGAUCUCGAAAACGUGUGAAGUCGCGAAACAAUCCGAGAGAGAUUGAACUUCUCGAGGUCACAGUUUGGGACGACACCGCCAGCUGCCUGUUGACUCUCUGGGAAGACAAGGCAAACUCCGCCAGGUUCUGGAAGCCCAAUAAGACCAUGCUACUCUUUACCAGUCCGAAGUUUGUACCCCCUUCCGACAACAAGUCAGUACCCUUGAGCGCCAGCAUCGGUCUUGAUCACAACACCUUAAUUGAUAUCGAUCCGAACUUCCAGGAUGCCAACUGGCUUCGACAGUGGGUGAAGAAGAGUGUCAAGAAGGAGAGUGUCUAUGUGCCUUUUCCCAACGACAUUUGGAAUGCAGAAGAAGCUGUCCAUGGACCAGUUCGGGCGCUCUUUACCCUAGCCGAGGUGGAUGACUUCGCUCGGGCUGACCCGGCCAGUGACUUCACCGGCAAGCUAAACUUGACCAUACUCGGUAUAGACCUUCUCGGUCUUCAUCGCAGAAAGAUGCUUUGCUGUAUAGAGUGUUGUAGAGUUCCCCUCUAUGCGAACCAAACAUCCGCGAAUUGCAAGAACUGCUUGCAGAAGAAGUCUCUCGUUCUUAAUCCCCGAAUCAUGGGUAUCCUGGCAGACGAAACAGGUUGCGUUGCACAGGGGAAGCUUGUCUGGAGUGACCAGGCCUGGAGCGAGCUCUUCUUCCCCGCCUUCGAGUCGAGUGACAUGGUGAACGCGGAGCCGGAGGUAGCGGGCGAGGCGAAGAAAUUUCCAUCUUGGCCUCAUCCUGUCGCUUCAUGGGAAGAGCUUACCUUGAAGGAUGCCAGUAGACUCCGAUUCUUGGAGGAGCAAAUGCUGUAUGCUCGUUUUACUUUAACAUUCGGCUAG